AUGGGCUACACCACUCUCUGGCGGCGUCUCUCGCCGCGUCAGCUCAAUGUCGCGAUCCAGGUUUUCUCGUUGGUGUGUAUUUUCUUCGAAGGAUAUGACCAGGGUGUCAUGGGCGGCGUCAACGCCGCGCCUUACUAUGUGACUGAGGUUGGGAUUGGCGAACCUGAUGGCACUGUGACCGACACCACCCACCAAGGCGGCAUCGUCAGUGUUUAUUAUCUCGGAUGUAUCUUCGGCUGCUUUGCUGGUGGCUGGCUGGCUGAUCGCAUUGGCCGGAUUAAUGGCCUGUUCAUCGGCGCAGUUUUCGCGCUGAUCGGGGGCGCAUUGCAGGCUGCGAUUCAGAGCUCCGAUUUUAUGCUGGUUGCCCGAGUGGUGACUGGUAUUGGGACUGGAGCGUUGACUGGUAUUACCCCUGUGCUGGUGUCUGAGACUUCGUCUGCCGAGCACCGCGGUGGUUUCCUUGGUUAUGUCUUCAUCGCCAACUACCUCGGAAUCUCGGUCGCGUACUGGCUGUCUUUUGGUCUUGCCUUCAUCAACAACGGCUACUCCGACAUCAGAUGGCGUUUCCAACUCGCCUUCCAGUGCAUUCCGGCUCUCGUGCUGGUGGCCUUCAUCAAGAUGCUCCCCGAUAGUCCCCGAUACUAUGCAUCGGUCGGUCGCAACGAGGAAGCGCGCGAUCUGUUGACUAGGAUCCGCCGCCACAAGGCCACCCAGGAGCAGAUCGACCGUGAGUAUAUGGAGAUUAUCGCGGUCGCGCAAGACAGCCAGCGCAGCUCGCCAAUUCAGUUUGUCAAGAUCCUCAUCGGCAAGGGGAACCGACCGGGGCUUAAUCUUGGUCGUCGCGCCUGGCUGUGUGUUUGGCUCCAGAUCAUGGCUUCCUGGACUGGUAUCACGGCCAUCACGGCAUACUCGCCCACUCUCCUCAGCCAGGCUGGGUACAGCAGCCUGACACAAAACGGUCUGGCGGGAGGAAUCAACACCAUCGGCAUCAUCGGCACCAUAAUCAGCGCGCAGAUUGUCGACCGCCUCGGGCGAAGACUGUGCUUGAUGUUCGGCGCCCUUAGUCUCUUCGCCGUCGAGAUUGUGGCCGGCUCCGUCUACGAAGCCUCCCUCCACAACCCCGAAAAAGCAUCCAACUACGCCCCAGCGGCCGUCGCAAUGCUCUUCCUCUUCAACCUCGGCUACGCCGCGACCUGGGGCACAGUGGCCUUCCUCGUCCCCACCGAGAUCUUCCCAUCCGACCUGCGCGCGCAAGGCAACGGCUUCGGUAUCACGGGGUGGGCGAUUGGCGUUGGAAUGACGACGCUGGUCAACCCGAUUAUGUUCGACAGCCUGAAGAGCCGCAGCUACUUCCUCCUGGCUGGACUUAACCUGCUCUGGAUCCCGAUCGUGUAUCUGUUUUACCCCGAGACGCGCAACCGGUCGCUUGAGUCGAUUGAUGCGCUGUUUUCGACGAAGAGUCCGUUUUAUUGGGAUAUGGAGCGCGCGUAUCGGAUGCAUAGUGAUGUGCUUGCUGAGAAGGGGGUUACUAAGGUUGGUGGCGAGGGCGAUAAGGCUGCUGAGGGGAGGGAGGCUCCCUCUGAGUCUGACCAGGGUAUCAUGGCUUGA